GUCACAUCAAGUUGAAAAGAAGUGAGAAAGUUCUUAUAAUAAUACUAUAUGGAGAAUACCUCUUUCAGAGCUAUUAUUAGCGAUUUUAAGAAGCCUUAUAUUACAACUAAGGAGUUCAGAGAGCUUAAAGAAGGUGAAGUCUUAGUGAAAGUCCUAACAGCCACAAUCAACCCUGCAGAUAGAGAUCUUGCCUUUGGAAAAGUUGAAGCUCCAGGAAUAGAGAGCCUCCUUCCCAUAGGGCUUGGAUUUGAAGGUUCAGGUGUUAUUGAAGAUGGGUAUGGUGAACAGGAAAAGAAGCUAAUUGGGACCCCAACAGCCAUCUGCUUUGAUCCUAUCAAUCCUAUGGAAAUUGGAACUUGGAGCGAGUACGUUUAUAUGCAAGCAAAGGAUGUUAUGCCAUUCCCAGAAGGAACUGACUCAGAGACUAUUUGUGCUCUUGGGAAUCCUUUGACAAGUUUCUCAAUGAUGGAGAGAAUAGAAAAAGGAGGCCAUAAAGCUGUGGUCCAAUCAGCUAGUUGCUCAGCACUUGGAAAGAUUUUCUUUAGACUUUGUCAGAAGCAAGGUAUCCCAACUAUCAAUAUUGUGAGGAAAGAAGAGCAGAUAGACAUCAUGAAAGAUAUUGGGGCAGAACAUGUUCUAAAUUCUACUAGUGAGACAUUUGAAGGUGAUCUUAAAGAACUUGCUACAAGACUUCAAGCAACUAUAUUCUUUGAUCCCAUAGGAGGAGAUUUUAUCCUUCAAGUGCUGAGAGUUCUCCCUGCUAACUCCUCAGUAGUAUGUUUGGAUAACCUAAGCCAUAAGCCUAUCUCUUUCGAUCCCUUAGAGUUGAUCUUCCAACAAAAGGAAAUCUCAUCUUUGCAUUCCCCUGCUUGGAUGAGCAAUCAGAGCUCAGAAAGAAUAAACGAAAUUUUCAGUGAGAUAGCUAAUGAUAUAAGCAAUGCAACCUCUUCAUACUCCCAAGACGGUCAGAAAGCUCCAGGAGGAAUAUUCACAACAAAGAUCUACAAAUCCUAUCCUCUAGAAGAAAUAGAAUCCGCCAUUGAAGAUUCCAUACAAAACGCUUACAAAGGAAAGACCAUUUUCAAGCCUCACUCAACUUAACCAAUCUGCACAAAUUUCGGAAAAAGUGGCGAUUUUAUGAAUUAAUUGCC